AUGAAGCUUUCCGCCGUUCUCUGUAUCUUCGCCGCCACUAUGGCCGCCGCGGCACCUACGAGUUACGCCAACCCUCAGCGCCAGAACCAGCCUCAGAACAACAACAAUAACAACCAGAACCAGAACAACCGAAACCAAAACCAAAACAAUCGCCUCAGCGCUGAAGAGCAAAAAUACCAGCUCAGUGACAAUAACCACAAGAUUGGACGCUCCGAGGUCUUUUACCCGCGAGCAUUUGGCUCUUCUCCCUCAGAGCCCGUCGUGCCUGAGUAUUCUGAGCCUGAAUCCCCGACGAUUCACGUCCCCGAGCAUGACUACCAAGAGCCCAAGGCUCCCAAGGAGAACUACAAGUCUGAAGCCUACCAGUCCGAGGAGUACAAGACCGAUGAUAUCAAGUCUAAGGGCUAUCAGUCUGAGAGCUCCAAGCCUGAGAUCCACCAGUCUGUAGACUUCAAGCCUGAAGUUUACAAGCCCAAGGCUCCCAAGCCACCUGCACACCCCGUGAAUCACGUCCCGGUCAACCAGCAUGAAUCUCAUUCUUACGACACUCAUGAGUCCUACGAAAGUCAGACUACGGAGCAGCAGUAA